AGUUCAACGGACUAGUCUGGGAUAGUCGACAGUUCCGCACCGAUGUCUCUCUUCUCCGGAGUAAAACACAUUAAUAUCAAAGCUUUAGUCCGUUGCAACCGAUCUACUUUCACUGCACAUCGCUCAAGGUGGUUUUCCCUGUUCCCUGGCCGUGCUCAAGGAACCCAUAUACCAAAAGGACAACCGUUUUAUGAACUCAAGAAGCCCAGCAUCUUAAUCAAGUUCACCUGGACACUUCUCAUAGCUGAUGCGGUCUGCACACUAGCAAUGUGUGAGCUUUCCUGGAACUAUUUCACGCGUCCUGUGGAACCAUCCGAGCCCGCAAUACCCAAUGACUUCAAUACUAUAGGCAAUAAGCCACAGUACGAACUCCGCCCGACAUACCAGCGUGCUGGUCUAGUUUUUAUGCAUCUCGCGUUUGGAGGUUGGGUGGCAUUUAUGGUUGGCAUGAAAAGUGGAAUGAAUGUAAAGAGGAUCUGGCUGACCCCACCACGUUCACAAGGCGGUUUGACUACGUCAACCCGAAAAGCAAUCGGGCAUCCAAAGGUUGCGACUUUUGAAGGCUUUGGUAGUUUUGGUCUACGGGGCGAUGCACUGGACGUGAAAAAUUGCCGCCUAUCCACUGCAGAAUCCGCAAACGAGCUGACAUUGAUUGUCACCACGCCGGGGAAUAGAAAACAGCAACUUUCGAUCGCGACGAAAGGCGUUUAUAUUGACGGCAAGCCUGUUUCACGCGAUGAAGUUUGCACUUCGCUCUCGCAAGUCUUUGGACAUAGACCUGAACCCGCGUCUUGGAUAAGUGGUCCAAUUCUAGACGCACAGAAAUCAUGAUCAAACUCGGGCAGGAUGGAAUCUUGCGAGCCUGCUGUCUGUCAGUUGCAGCUGACAGCUUACAACCUAUAUUCUCUCGACCAGACUGAGGCGAUACAGUUACUGUAGCUUAUUUGUGCACGUCAUUAUACGCGUCCACUAAGAGGUGUGUACGCAAAUAAGCAGACCACUUAUGAAUGCCGUGCCGCGUUACUGGUUAAGCUCAAGAUUCACAUUCACAGCAAGAGGGCUACCUUGGUCUGGGUGUAUUGCCUAAAUGUAUGGACUGCGCAUUAUCU